GCCAUUAGUCUCAAGCCGUCGUAUGGUAAGGCUUACUAUCGGAGGGGGUGCGCACGGAUGGAGCUGUUCAAGUAUGCAGAAGCUUCCAAAGAUUUCGAGCGAGUCGUUCGCUUGAGCCCAAAGGAUCUGGACGCCCGUGCUAAAUAUAAGGCUUGCAAGAAACAAAUCCAGGCAGCAAAGUUUGCCAAAGCGAUCGCUACUGAGCAUACUGUCCGUGCUAGUGAGACGGCCAAUGUGGAUGCCAUUGACGUCCCGGUAUCGUACGAGGGGCCUCGGAUGGAGGAUGGGAAGGUUGAUCAGAUAUUCAUCGAUGCUCUCACGGAGUUUCUCAAGGAUGAAAAGACCUUGGCCAAGAAGUUUGCGUAUGAGAUAGUGCUUGCUGCUAUCGCGUACUUUAGGAAACAACCAACGCUGUGCAACAUUGACGUUCCUGUUGGUAAACACUUCACUGUUUGCGGGGAUAUUCAUGGGCAGUUCUACGACCUAUUAAAUAUCUUCAAGCUCAAUGGCACUCCAAGCCUGGAAAACCCUUAUCUUUUCAACGGCGACUUUGUGGAUCGGGGGAGCUUCUCUCUGGAAUGCAUUCUGCUGUUGUUGUCUUAUAAAUUGGCAUAUCCAGAGUCUCUGUUCUUGGCUCGAGGGAAUCACGAGUCCAGGAAUAUGAAUCAACUCUAUGGCUUCAAGGGCGAGGUUGAAGCCAAGUACGACGAAACACUAUACAAUCUAUUCUGCGAAGCGUUCUGUCUUUUGCCUCUGGCACAUGUCAUCAACGAUACUGUAUUUGUCACGCAUGGAGGUCUUUUCAGCAAAGAUGGCGUCACCCUCAAUGACAUACGUGCGAUCGACCGUGAUCAGGAACCCCCGGAUAGUGGACU